AUGGACUGUAGCUGCGUCUCCGACCUUCUCUUCGCCCCGCCCGCUCUGCCGGCUCUCUGGACCCCCGGGUUUGCCUUCCCGGAUUGGGCCUACAAGCCGGAAUCAUCCCCUGGCUCGAGGCAGAUCCAGCUGUGGCACUUUAUCCUGGAGCUGCUGCAGAAGGAGGAGUACCAGGGCGUCAUCGCCUGGCAGGGGGACUACGGGGAAUUCGUCAUCAAGGACCCAGAUGAAGUGGCCCGGCUCUGGGGCAUCCGCAAGUGCAAGCCCCACAUGAAUUACGACAAGCUGAGCCGGGCCCUGCGUUACUACUACAACAAGCGGAUUCUCCACAAGACCAAAGGAAAGAGGUUCACCUACAAGUUCAACUUCAGCAAAGUCGUGCUUGUCAACUACCCACUGCUGGAUGUGGCGGCAGCUGCCACUGGCUCCCCACUCUUGCUGACCCCCGGUCCCUUUGGGGGGACCCCUGGGCCAGAUGCUCCUCCCCUCACCCCUGAGACCCUGCAGACCCUAUUCUCUGCCCCACGCCUGGGAGAGCCGGGGGCCCGGACGCCCCUGUUCACCCCUGAGACAGACAAACUGCGUCUGGACAGCCCUUUCUCAUUCCUGGGCUCUGGUGCCACCGGUUAUUCCAAGCCCCCUGGCCUGCUGGGUCCUUACGGCCGCACCUUCCCUGAGUACCCAUGGAACUUUAACCCGUACCUCACAGGUCCCUUCCCUAAACUGCCCCCUUCUCUGUACCCCCCACACUUCUACCCCAACCCCCUGGCCAGUUCUCUGGGUCACCUGCCCUCAGCAGGGGCAGGAGGAGGCCACACAGCUGCGCCCCUGCUGGCUGCAACAGCAGAGAGCCUAGGCCCUGAGCGUCCUGUGGGCCUGGCAGCAGCUCCUCGUCUAGCGCUGCCAGGGGCUGGGGGCCCAGAGGUCGCGCUGGGUGGGAAGGAGGACAGUGACUCGGAGCUGGAGAUUACUGAUGUCAGUGGCUGUAGCUCUGACAGUGAGGGUGACGAGGGCCUCCCAGUGCCCCCCAAGGCCAAGGCAGGAAAAGGGGGCACCGGCAGUUGA